AAUAUUCGCUCCAUAAGACGCACAGACAUUUCCCCCCAUUUUUUGGGGGGGGGAAAAACCAGACACAGUACAGGGACCAGAGACUGCGGACACAGUACAGGGAUGACCAGAGACUGCGGACACAGUACAGGAGAUGACCAGAGACUGCGGACAUAGUACAGGAGAUGACCAGAGACUGCGGACAUAGUACAGGAGAUGACCAGAGACUGCGGACACGGUACAGGGAUGACCAGAGACUGCGGACACAGUACAGGAGAUGACCAGAGACUGCGG